CUUUAUAAGUAGUGAACUAUGCUGAUCUUCUAACACAUAAGAAAGAAUCAUUCUUGAAAAACAAAAAGAAAGAAGAAAGAAUGGCUUCCUUGCAAGCAGGAUUAGAAAUCACCAACAAAAAAGGUGAGAAUAAUUUGCAGAGAGAAAAACAGAUUGUGGUGGAUCCACUUUCAUUAAGAGAAUCUUCUACUAUUUUCACUGGCACCAUUUUGCACCCUCCACCGUUACACCCUCCAAAUCCUAGAUUCUUGAGCCUCAGUCUCCCCAAUUCGGCCUCCUCCUCGCCACGAUUCACCCCCCGGAAGAUCUCGAAAGGCGAAAGCAACGGAUCACAAGAACAAGAACAAGCUCAAUUAAGGAAGAGCAAGUCAUGUGAUGAAACAAGAUCACUAGCACCCUCAUCAUAUGAAAUUGAUCAUCAUCAUUGGCUAACAAAACUGAGUGAAAUGGAAGAACAUCAUCAUAAUGAAACAUUCUCAGAAGUUGUUAAGAGAAGUCCCAAGAGUGUGAAGAAGAAACAAGUUAGUGAUGAUGGUUUUAGAUGCAGUUCUCUAUGCUUGUACCUUCCAGGUUUUGGUGCUAAAUUAUUGAAGCCAUGUAAGGCAAGAAAAGAAGAAGAAGAUGGUUCAGAAUCAAAAUCACGUGGUGCUAUGAAUAUGUCAAGAACAGUUUCAGUGCAGGAAUUUGAAUGUGGGUCUUGGGCUUCUGGAGUAGCAAAAGUCCCUGAGGUAAGAACACACUCUAGGAGUUCAUACUUUGAUCUACCAAUGGAAUUGAUCAAUGGCAAUGAUGUGAAUUCACCAUUUAGUGGUGCAUCAUCUUUUGCUUUUGAAAAAGAGCUCAAAGGGGUACUAAAAAAUGGUCCAUCUAGAGGAGGGAGUGGUAGGAAAUCAGAUGGGUCCCCUCGGCAUGUUCGGUUUUCGCUGUCGCCGUCGCCGGAAUCAUCAUGCCCUGCCUCUCCAGCAUUCUGCAUCAGUCCUCGUUUGAGGAAAGCUAGAGAAGAUUUCAAUGCCUUCUUAGCUGCUGCACAAACUGCAUGAUUCAUAUAGCAACACUUUUUAAAUGUUAACCUAAGUUUUUAAAGGGAACAUAAAGGGUUACUGUUAGAGGUAUGUUGUGAUAACAUUAAAUAAAAUAAGGCAUGUAAAGGUUGGUCAAAUAGUUAGCUCAUUCCUCCGUUUUAAAUAUUAGAGAUUCGAAUCUCGUUUUAUGUAUGUAACAAUUUAUUGGCCAACAGCAUAUUUUUAAAUAGAGUUUAA